ACUGUAGUAGUCGCUGAUGGUAAUAAACUGAUCCAGACUUUCAAGACUGGUGACAAAGAGAUGAAAGUGGUCCGAGAAUUCAACGGGGAUGAGGUGUUAGUAACUAUGAAUAUUGGAUCAGCUACUGUGUCGUCCGACGGCUUUGACUCAGUGCUUAAAGAGCUUGGCUUAAGUGAUGAGGCGGUAGCAAAGAUGGAUAAUUCAACAUCGAGUUGGAGUAUUACCAAAACUGGUGCCGUGUAUACCAUCAAGAUGGUUUUUGCCUUUAUGACUCGGGAGAUACAGUUUGAGCUUGGUAAAGAAUUUGAUGACAAAAAUCUCGAUGGAUCUGACAUUAAGGGUCUAAUAGUUGCUGACGGUAAUAAACUGAUCCAGACUAGCAAGAUUGGUGAUAAAGUGAUGAAGGUGGUACGCGAAUACAAAGGUGACGAGGUGAUUGCAACGGCAACUAUCGGGUCAGCUACAGGCGUCGCUACCUAUAAGCGAGAGUAG